UUUAUUUAUCCUUUAUUUUACCAGGAAGGUUCCAUUGAGAUACAAUAUCUCUUCUUCCAGGAAGUCCUGGCCAAGAUGGCAGCAAAUAAGACAAUAAGACAAAAGUUUCAUAUACAUACACAAAGAGGUUCGGAAUGCAUUAUGGGUAUUUCCAUUAUUUCUUAUGGGAAAAAUAGUCUUGACUUGCGACCAACUUGAGUUACGACCAGCCCUCGCGAACGAAUUGAGUUCGGAAGUCGAGGGUCCACCGCAUUAAUAAACUUGAACGUUAUGAAGGGCGUCCGCAGGGAUAGUUGUAGGGAGGUGGGGCUGCCAGUUGUGCGCAUGCUCAGGACUUCGAAAAAGAGCCGGCAGAUGCAGACUUGUAAUCGAGGGGAGCGGAGUCAUGUUUCGAUUAUUUAAUAAAAAGAAUAAACUUGUGAAACUCAGACGCCGGGGUGAAAGUACAAAAUAUGGAGUCGCGGCUGCAAAUGUGAAAGAGCUUCUCAGCAAAGGCUGCAGUAUUUUAAAGGUACCACUGAAGGGAUCUCGGGUUUGCCUGUAUGAAGAUGGAACCGAAGUUGGUGAUGAUUACUUCAGAAGGCUUCCGGACAACGUUGAACUUGUUCUGUUGACUGAAGGACAGUGCUGGGAUGGAUUUGCGUCUGAUAUUAGCCUUCUGCUUGGCUCCACGAACCGUCAUUACGAUCUUUUAAUCAAAUCUGCCAAGAGCCUUCUCACAGAUGAACAGUCUCAGAAAAAGCGGAAAAUCCUAAGUGAUCUACUUCAAAACCUAGAGGACAACUCUGAGAGUGAAAAAAGGGAAGAGGACAGCGACUGGUUUCAGGGAAUUGACCCUAGAUUUAAGACCAAGUCUGAUUACAUGAAAUACAACUGUGAAAGCAGAGUUAGAGGAUAUUUGAAAGAGGUGGAUGGAUAUACUCCGAACAUCCAGAGUCCCAGGGUUCGGACAGAAUACAAGAAAGUCGUCACCAAUAUGCUUGAGAAACUGAAAGUCACCAAGUACAACGGCUGCUAUUUCGACAGACGACAGGAGUCUGACUGCAUGUGCUCCAGGGAAGGCUGGUUUUCUUGUCAGGGUGCUUUUGAUCAGGACAGUUGCUCAUCUCUCCACUCUAUUAAUCCUUAUGGGAACAGAGAGAGCAGAAUCCUCUUCAGCACCUGGAACCUCGACCACGUGAUCGAGAAGAAGCGGACUAUCAUCCCGACACUGGUGGACGCUCUGGGGCACCGCAGCCACGGUGAAAUUAACUGGGAAUAUUUCUAUAGAUUGCUGUUCACGCGUGAGAACUUGAAACUGGUACAUAUCGUCUGCCACAAGAAGACUGUUCAUGACCUGGCAUGUGACAGUGGAAAAAUAUACAAGAAGGUGAAGAAAAGGAAAUGAAUGCCACAUGAUUUUUUUCCCCUCUUUGCUUCAAUGAAGUAACUGAAAAAUCCUCAUAAACAAGAUCAAUCCUUCUUCAAACCACUUAUCAUAGUCAUAAAGGUGCCCGAAGCCAAUUCCAGGCAAGACAAUACUGGGAUAUACCCAGAAUGGGAGGCCACUUCAGUGUAAAGCAUACACAAUCAUACAGUAUGGGAAAUUUAGAGAUGGCAAUUAACCUAACUACGUGUCUAUAGAGGAAACCUACAUGGCAAGAACAUGGAGACUACAGAUGCAGAGAGCAGUUCAGUAAUGACAAUGUACGUUUUUUUUAAAACAGAUUGCAGCCUUUUAAUUUUUUAAGUGCAGUUUUAUAUUUUAUUUAAUGAUUUUUCUAUCUGCAUGUCACAAUAAAUUUUUAGAAAAAACAA